AUGGGAAGCCAUGUAUAUAGUAGCUUUCAUUUCCAGUUCUCGUGAUCCCUCCUGUUAAACCAUGGAUGAUCUUCUGCCACAAGAUUGUGUUGCUCGCAUUCUAUCUUUUACCUCUCCUCGCGAUGCGUGUCGGGUGUCCCUUGUAUGCACGGUCGUAGGUGCUGCGGCAAAAACCGACGAGGUGUGGGGAAAAUUCUUGCCAUCCGAUUAUUUAGAGGUUCUCUCCAGACUGGUGGAAUAUUCCUCACUCGUAUUCAAGUCGAAAAAAGAAUUAUACCUUUGGCUCUGUAAUCCGAAUCUUAUCGAUAAUGGUAACAAGAUGUUUUGGUUAGAUAAAUCAACAAGCAAGAGAUGCUGCAUGUUGAGUGCUAGAGAGCUUUCGAUUACAUGGGGAAACGAUCAUCUCUAUUGGUCGUGGAAACCCUUCAUUCAAUCAAGGUUUGCAGAAGUUGCAGAACUCAUAACCACCUGGUGGCUAGAAAUUACAGCCAGAAUCUCCACUCGAAUGCUAUCACCCAAAACUACUUACAGUGCCCAUCUCAUUCUAAAUUUGGCUAAUCGAGCUUACGGGCUCGACGCGCUCCCAUCGGAGGUCUCUAUCGAAGUUGGCAACCACCAAGUGAUGAGAGGGACGAUUUUGCUACGUCGCCCUGAGGAUGGCAGGAAACAACCGUUGGAGCGAAUUUUUAUGGGCGAAGAAGAACGGGUUCCGAGGGAGAGGGGGGAUGGGUGGUUGGAGAUUGAAUUGGGCGAGUUCUUCAAUGAUGGAAUUAAUGAUCGCGAAGACGUGAGAAUGAGUGUGAAGGAGGUUAAGGGUGUUCAGUUGAAAGGUGGUCUUAUUGUUGAGGGAAUUGAGCUUAGACCUAGGAAGGAAUUAAAGGAGGAGUAGUGCGGUUGGAAGGGUAAAAGGGUGAAGGACAUGCUUUGGGUUUGUUUUUAUGUAUUGUUAUACUUAAUUUUGCAUUAAAAGCAAGAAAUGAGUAUUAUGAAAACAGUAUAAGAACGAAGGAAGAAAAUAAAAAUAUCGACACCCAAAUUCAUUUGGGGUGUUGCUAAGAACUUUUUUUUUUUUCCAA